UCAUCGUUCACCAAUUAGUGAGAUAAAUUAACGGUUGCCAUGGUAACAUAGUGGUUAGCAUAAUCACCAUUACAGCUCAGUGCAUCAGAGUUCAGAGUUCAAUUCCAGUGUCAUCUGUAAGGAGUCUCUGUCCGUCCUCCCCAUGGAAUGCAUGGGUUUUCCCCGGGUUCUCCGGUUUCCUCCCAGUGUCCAAAGACGUACCGGGUACUGUGGGACUGGGUACAUUUUACACUGUUUAUAAAUCUGAUUCCAGGUCUCCAUCCCAAUGUGGGAGAGGGGGAGGUGACCAAGACCGUCUGCUUCACUGUGGGUGAAAACGCCUGUUUUGGGAGCCGAGAUAUCAGGGUGAAAAACUGCUCCGGUUACUUUGUGUAUCGGCUGAAGCCGACACCCCGGAGUAACGCUGUGUACUGUACAGUCACAGACUCUGCACUCGGUGAUCCGUGUGUAACCCACACCGUCCUGGAUCAGCCCUGGAGGAGCACGAAUUGUUCCAACACUGAGUGUACCGGUGGACAAUGGAUGGAUGAUGGAAAUCUUGCAGUGGGAUGGUACAGAUUUAACAGUUCCGGAGGAUGGAAGAUUCCCGAGACGGUCGUUCCACAGGAUCACUGUUCCGGGCAGAUCCCAGGAUGGUUAAAUGGUAGGGUCAGGAUCAGCAACAGUGGGGCUCUGUUAUUCAUGGGAAGGUCAAACUGA